AUGUCAACAAAUAAAAAAAUUAAAACAGAUAAUAAAAAUAAAAUAUUUCAAGAUAUUAUUGAUUUUGAAAUUUUAAAAUCUAUAAUCAAUUAUUUAUUAAUCAGCAACAAAAAUAAAAAUAAUAAUAAAAAUAGCAAUACCUGUAAUCAAUAUAAAAUUAAUAAAUUUUAUUUUAAUAGAAAUGAAAUAUUAAAUUAUAUAUUAGUUUCAAAAAAGUGGUAUAAUUUUAUAUCAUUAACAAUAUCAAAUAAUAUUAUUAAUAAUAAAUUAUUUGAACAUUGGUUAAUUAAUAAUAAUAUAAAUAAUUCAUUUAUUGAAAAUUAUAAUAAUCAAAAUCAAUAUGAUAAAAAUAAUUUAAUUUUUGAUAGUGAUAAAAAAAAUAAAAUUAAUUUUAAUAAAGAGUUUUCAAUUAUAAAAAUCAAAGAAUCAAUAAUCAAUGAUUAUUUUAAAUUCAAUUUAUUUUUACAUAAGAUUACAAUUGAUGAUUUUAAAGAAAUUAAAAAUAAAUUUGAAAAUAAUCAAUUACUUUAUAAUAGAAUUGUAGUUAAUAUUUGUAUUAUUGAAUUCACACCAUAUAAUAGUGAAUUAUAUGAAUAUGUAUCAAAUGAAAAUUCAGAAACCAUAUCAAAUUUAUUUAAAAUAUUAGAAUUAAAUUGUGAUAAUUCGUUGGAAUAUGGUUAUAUUCCAGUUUCUGAAGAGGGAGAUAAACUUAAUAACAAAUACAAUGGGUUAUAUUUAAAUAAUUUAUCAAUUGAUGGUUUUGAUACAUAUGUAGAUGAAGAUGAAGAUACAUUAAAGAUUUUUAAUAUUUUAAAAGGUAAAAAUAUAAUUUAUGGAGUAUAUGAUACUAAAAGUAAUGAAAGUCCAACACAUAUCAAUUAUUCAGCAUUAUUUGAUCCAGAUAAUUCAGGUCAACAAGUUGAAUCAAUUAAAGUACAAUGUUGUACUGAUUAUGAAGAGGCUGUUGAAGCACGUCAUUUAAUCAAAGUUAAUCAAUUUGAAAAUUUACAUUCAAUUACAAUACCAAUUAAUUCAUUUCAAAUAUUAUCAAACUUAUCUGAAGAAAUGGAAUUUCAUACAUUAUACCGAAAUAGGGCAGAAUUAGGUAAUUCAGGAAAUAUGAAAUCAGAAUUAAAUCAAAUGAUCAAUUCAUUCAUUACAAGUAAAUCUUUAAAGAAUUUAAAUAUCAAAUCGGAAAAUUCAAUUGAACACUUUCAUCCAAAUCAUUAUUAUGAUGGUAAUAGUGAUCAUGAAAUUUUUGUUAAUAAAAUAAAUGAAACUAUAGAAUCAUAUUCAAAUUCAUUUAAACCAUUAUUUUCAGAAUUAAAUACAUCAAUUGAAAGAAUUGAAUUUGAUUGUAUGGGUUUAUUAAAUAUCGAUACAUUUUCAAAUUUAUUAAAUAAUAAAUCAAUUAAAUAUUUAUCUUUAUAUGGUAAUAGUGAUUUCAUUGUUUACUCAUCAAAACCAACUGGUGAUAAUGGUGGUAGUAAAUUACAUGAAGAAACUAUUUCAAUUAAUCAAUAUUUAUUUGAAAAUAUAUUUACAUCACCAUUAACACCAAUUAGACAUUAUAAAAUUAAUAUCAAAAAUUCAAAACAAAUAAAAUCAAUAUUUAAUUUAAUAUUAAAUAAUAUUUUUAAAUUACAAUUAUAUUCAUUAAUAUUUGAAUUUAAUGAAAACGAAUUAAUUUGUGAAUUUGUUAAAGAAUUUAAAAAUUUAAUAAAUAAUAUUUCAAUACAACUACAACAAGAACAACAAGAACACCAAAAAUCAAAAAACAUAAAUUUAAAAGAAAUUAAAAUUAAAAUUAAUAACGAUAAUGAAUAUUCUCAAGAAUUAAAUAUAUAA